AUGUUAGACUGGGCAUCUACGUUUCCGGGAUAUACACAAUUAUUAACCACAGCUAAAAAGGUAUUCGGCAGAGUAAUUCAAACGGGACCUACCCCAAGGCAUGUAGGAAUGAUUAUGGAUGGGAAUAGAAGGUACGCAAAAACGCACAAGAUUGAGCUUAAAGAAGGGCACAAUUUGGGGUUUGAGAGUAUGGCUAAUAUCUUGGAGUUAUUAUACGAAUCAGGAGUUGAAUGUGCCACGGUAUAUGCGUUUUCGAUUGAAAACUUCAAACGACUGAGCUACGAAGUAAAUUGGUUGAUGGACCUCGCUAAGCUGAAGUUCAGACAAAUAAGCCAAAAUGGCGAGUUAUGUGAACAGUACGGAAUUAAGAUAAAGAUCUUGGGGAGCACUGAACUAUUACCGCCGGACGUAUAUGCUAUUUUGAAAGAUACCGAAGAAAUAACUAAAGAUAACACAAGAGCAGUGUUGAACAUCUGCUUUCCAUACACGUCGAGAGACGAAAUCACUAAUACAAUCAAAAACGUUGUUAAUGAAUCUGUACAAAACAAUGACUUUGUAGUCGACGAGAACACUAUUGACAGAUUCUUAUAUACUUCAAAUUCCCCUCCGUUGGAUAUCUUACUUCGUACCUCGGGUACGUUCAGACUAUCGGACUUCUUAUUAUGGCAAUGCGUAUCCUCUUCGUGUUCAAUUGUCUUUGUCGACAAACUUUGGCCCGAAUUUGGACCAUGGGACAUGUGUAAGGUUUUGAUCAAUUGGAGUUUUAACACAUAUUGGUACGGUAAUGGAAGUGGUUAUUCUACGGCAAAUAAAAAUGUGCGUAAAAAUUCCUAUCGACUCCAACCAAACAUUGAGAAAGGCACCCUUGUACCAAUCACAAAUUCAAAAGGUGCAAGUGGCUUUGAGAGAUACGCCUCAGAAUACGAAGAUGAUGAUGACGAUAAUAGUGACGAAUAUCAGAGUGAUAUUAAAAAUAUCGAUUUUGUCAAUGAGUCUGAUACUGCCACAUCAGAAAGCGAACCGGACUUGAAAAAGUCCAAUUAA